UUUUUCACCAGCUAAGAAGUGACUAGGACACACGUGUUUGCGCACCCAGACAAAGAUGGAUAAGCGCGGGCAAGACACUGAAUCCAAUGGUGCAUUCGUAGUUUGAGCUGUAACCUACUGGGUUUUCCGCUAUUCCACACCCGCGUAAUUCAAUUCAUUUCAAUUCAUUUCUAUUUCUAUUUCUUCUUUUUGCUUAAUCCAAGCUUGGGGAUAUUCUCGCCCUGCUCUACAUCAAUGGCGGUUAGGGUUUCGAGUUCAUUCCCCAAAACUUGAUUCCCUCUCUCCUUCUACCUGUUCCUCAAACCCUAAAUUGAACUCCAACUUCGAUGAUUCAGUAUCUUUGCUUUUUGCUUUUAAAUUUUUAGUUGCUAUCAUGGGCGCGCCCGAUAAAUCGCAGGCCAACGUUAAUUCGAUGCAGCGUGUCAAGGUCUACCGUCUCAAUGAUGAUGGAAAAUGGGAUGACCAGGGCACUGGGCACGUCACCGUUGAUUAUUUGGAGCGGUCAGAGGAGCUGGGUUUAUUAGUUUACGACGAAGAAGACAAUGAGACUAUACUUUUGCAUCGCAUCUGUUCUGAAGACAUUUACAGAAAACAAGAAGAUACAAUUGUUUCAUGGAGAGAUCCACAAUAUGCCACCGAAGUGGCGCUCAGCUUUCAAGAACCUAGCGGAUGUUCUUACAUAUGGGACCAUAUUUGCAACGUGCAAAGGAAUAUGCAAUUCAAUACUUUAAAUGGUGAGGCAUUUCACAGUGUAAACAGCGAGUUAAGGGAGUUGCCUGCUGUUGAGUUAUCAACACUUCCUUUGAUUCUUAAGACCGUGGUUGAGAGUGGCAUUACAGAUCAGUUGCGACUUACAGAAUUAAUAUUAACUGAUCAAGAUUUUUUUCGGAUGCUUGUGGAAGUAUUCAGAGUUUGUGAAGAUUUGGAAAAUAUGGAUGGCCUUCACAUGAUUUUCAAAAUAGUGAAAGGAAUCAUUUUGCUUAAUAGUACACAAAUUUUUGAGCGAAUGUUCAGUGAUGAAUUUAUAAUGGAUAUAAUUGGUUCUCUUGAAUAUGAUCCAGAGGUUCCUCAUGUUCAACAUCAUCGUAAAUUCUUAAAGGAACAUGUUGUUUUUAAAGAGGCCAUACCUAUAAAAAAUUCUAUUGUGUUAUCCAAGAUACAUCAAACUUAUAGAAUUGGCUUUCUGAAGGAUGUUGUUUUGGCUAGAGUGUUAGAUGAGGCAAUUGCUGCAAAUCUCAACUCCAUGAUACAUGCAAACAAUGCCACUGUUGUUUCUUUAUUGAAAGAUGACAGUCCGUUUAUCCGGGAGUUGUUUGCUAGGUUAAAAUCGCCCACCACCUCUCCUGAAUCAAAGAAAAAUAUGAUCCAUUUCUUGCAUGAGUUUUGUGGUUUAAGCAAGAGCUUACCGAUGGUACAGCAGCUUCGACUUUUUAGGGAUAUGGUGAAUGAGGGCAUCUUUGACAUUGUCGCAGAUGUCCUGCGAAGUCAAGACAAGAAGCUUGUACUUACUGGAACAGAUAUUCUCAUUCUCUUCUUGAAUCAGGAUCCUAAUCUUCUCCGGUCCUAUGUGGUUCGACAGGAAGGAAUCGCACUUCUUGGACUAUUGGUUAGAGGAAUGAUAACAGAUUUUGGAGAUGACAUGCAUUGCCAGUUUCUUGAGAUUCUUCGCAUUCUAUUAGACUCAUGCACAUUGUCUGGCGCACAGAGAGACACUAUUAUUGACAUUUUCUAUGAGAAGCAUUUGGGUCAACUGAUCAAAGUGAUAAUGGCAUCAUGUCCUCCAGAAAAUAUUGCUAAUGCCAGCAACAAAUUAAUAGAUCCUGACCAAGGAAUCCAAGAUCAGAGUGGGACGAAGCCAGAGAUUCUAUUAAACAUAUGCGAACUACUAUGCUUCUGUGUUCUGCACCACCCAUAUCGGAUAAAGUGCAAUUUUCUUCUGAAUAAUGUGAUUGAUAAAAUUUUGUUACUGACUCGAAGAAGAGAAAAUUAUCUGGUUGUUGGUGCUGUUCGGUUUGUUCGUACCAUUCUCUCACGUCAUGAGGAGCAUCUCAUAAAUCAUUUUGUUAGAAACAACCUUCUCAAACCAGUUGUAGAUGUCUUCAUUGCUAAUGGCAGUCGCUACAAUCUGCUAAAUUCUGCUGUUCUUGAGCUUUUUGAGUACAUUCGCAAGGAGAAUCUGAAAUUAUUGAUAAAAUAUAUAGUUAAUUCUUUCUGGGACCAGCUAGUGAAAUUUGAGAAUUUGGUUUCCAUUCAUUCACUGAAAGUAAAAUAUGAGCAGUGUUUGGAUAAUGAUGGGACAAAAGGUACUAUUACGAAUGACCUUCAAAAACGACUUGAGGAGCGUGCUUUAGAGAAAGAAGAGGAAGAUUACUUUAAUGAGGAUAGUGAUGAUGAAGAUUCAACCUCUACGUCUAUUUCACGUAAUCCAAAAGGGCAGCAGCAGCAACGCGUGUUAUCCAAUGGAGCAGCUGCGAGCUGCUCAGAGUUUAGUUUGAGGUCUGGCGGACUGGUUGACUAUGAUGACGAUGAGGAUGAUGAAGAUUACAAGCCACCACCUAGGAAGCAUCCAGAAGCUUCUGAAGAGGAUGAAGGGCCAAUGGAGUCCCUCGGAAUGAAAAGAAAGUUGCCUUUGAACAAUAAGGAGACCAAUCUUGUACGUAAGCAGAAGUUGGCCAAUAGUUCAAAACCAAAAGAUAAUGUUUUUUCUGCCUUGUGUUCAACAUUGAGCCAUGCUGUACUGCCUGGUAAGAAAAAUGAAAUCAACGUUCAUACUGGUCAUUCUACAAUUGAUGGGGGGAUGAAUUCAAGUGAAGUCAAUUAUGUAAAGGAGAUAAAUGUUUCAAGAAGCUGCUCUGGAAAUAGCAACACAACAGCUGAAGAGAAUCAUGUAGAGAAAGAAACUGGCAUACAUAAAAACUUCUCUGAUGGGUCGAAUGGCAUUACUGAUAAUAGACAGUUGGGUGGGGAGGAACAUUCACUGGUUUCACCCAAAUCCUCGCCAGAGAUGGCCGUAAAUGGUUUGUAAGGUUUUUGAACCAUAUAGGGAAAGGCAGAUUGUGAUAUUUGACCUAAGGAUUUGCUGGUGGCAAAGUGGUUGCUAUGAUCUAUGAAACAAGGAGUUCCUUCUCCAAGGGUCUAAGCUCUGAUAUGCAUUCUGUGAAGGACAUAGGAGAUACUAUACAGUGCUACUGAGAGCGGCAAGAUAUUUAUCAUAGAGCAACUUCGUUCUAAGUCCUGAUCCCAUGUUUGGUUGGCUGUUUCAAGCUUUGAACAUAGGAAUAGUGCCUUUCUGUAACAUUGACCAGCAAUAAUUAUCGUUUCUUUUCCUUGUCACCGAUUUUUAUCUCUUUCAGCUCAUUUUUCAUAUUUGCUGCCAGAGAAUUCUGAUUGGGGAGAUUUGGUCCUGGUAUCAUCGUGUAGUUUUUAAGUUAUAUAGUAACAUCUUCAUAGAGGGCGCCAACAUCUGCCCUACACAGGUUUUACUAUUUUUCUGUCCCCUCUCUCCACCUCUUUUUGUGGUGGAAGUGAUAUAGGAAUAUCAAUAUGUGCAGUGAUAUUUUAGGGGCAAAAUUUUACAGAUGUAGUAGGUAGAAAAUAUCAUCUGUUUGUAACAAAAAAAAAAAAAAUCAUCUGUUGUAUAUCGUACUGAAUUACGGAUGCAUUGAACUUCACAUGCAGUUAACAGGUGUUACAGCGGUUGGCUUUCUCCUUUGAUCUAUCUAUAGUUUCAUAUUUUGGCA